GCGAGAGGAAAGCGCGAGGAACCGAGGAACUCCGAGAGAGACGAACCAGAACCGUGGGAACAUCCGAGUCCGGCCCGGUGGCUUUCGGGGUUCAGUAGGACGAUGGGUCUGCACACGGAGCCCGCUGAGGCGAGAGUCAACGCCGGCUACCGCGAAGCGACUGCCUCGGAGCGCAGCAGGGCGGUGGGAUCCUUUGCCGGCAGUCCCGCGCCGCAGAAACCGGACUGGUGUAAGACCGCUUCGGGCCACAUCAAACGGCCCAUGAACGCCUUCAUGGUGUGGUCCAAAAUCGAGAGGAAGAAGAUAAUGGAGCAGUCCCCGGACAUGCACAACGCCGAGAUCUCCAAGCGGCUCGGGAAGCGCUGGAAAAUGUUAACCGACACCGAGAAGAUCCCGUUCAUCCGGGAGGCGGAGCGCCUCCGGUUGCAGCACAUGGCCGACUACCCGGACUACAAGUACCGGCCCAAGAAGAAGCCCAGGACGGAGGGGAAGCUCGCCACUCAGUACGCGGAGAGAAACGGCGAUAGACCGGCUCACAGACCCCCCGCGGCGGCCAAGAAGUUCUCCCGAGCCAGCAAGCCGGUGGGCGGGGCCGGCAAAGUGGUCAGUGUCCCCCCGCAGUACCAGCAGCCGGACCCCCAAUACCAGCAAUUGGACUCACGAUACCAGCAGAAACCCCAGCAGCCCGACCCACACCACCAGCUGAACGCCCAGCAGCCGGACCACCGGUACGUGCCGAGCACUCUUAAACCCAGCACGCAGGUCAAACGGGACUAUACUGAUACUGAGGAGGAGGAGGAGGAGGAAUCUUCAUCCUCGGAGGAGGACGACGAGGAGGGGGAAGAGGAAGAAUUGCCCUGCUACAGUAUCACCAAACUGUCUCCCCGGGGCUCUGCCGAGGGAACCAGCAGGCGCCUGUCCUCCGGCCGGCUGUACUUCAGCUUCACCCGGCAGAGCACCGCGGUCCACCCGGCCUCCCUCUCCCCAGCAUCCUCCUCCCGCUCCGUCUGCACCUCCGCCUCCUCCUGCUGCGGGGACGACCUCGAUGACCUCCCCAUAGAGCCGCUCGACUUCACCUCCAACUUCCUGGGGGGCCUGCAGUCCUCCUCAGACCCGUGGAACUCGUCCUCCAGCUCGGCCUCGGGGACCCUGAACCUGUCUCUGGUGGAUAAGGACCUGGACACCAGCGGCUACACGGAGGGGGGCAGCCUCGGAUCUCACUUCGAGUUCCCGGAUUAUUGCACACCGGAGCUGAGCGAGAUGAUCGCCGGGGACUGGCUGAAGGCCAACUUCACAGACCUGGUGUUCACGUGCUAAUUUUUUGACCCUUCACCCCGGCUCUGUAGCUUCGGUCAGGGAGCGGGGUGUCGUGGCUGCUGCUGCCUGUGCUCCGUGCGCCGGGGGCGGAUAUGUUCUGGCAUGGAGUCGGUACUGUGCGGAGGUGAACUGACAGGGUUUUAUGGACUUACUUUCUGCCGCUCGGGUCAGACCCCGGACCCGGACUAUGCAUUCCCACCGGAUAUCAGGAUGUUUUCUUUGCUGCAGGACUCAGACUGACUGUAAACUUUGUUUUUGGGUGUUCAGGUGUGAUAUUACAGAACCAAGCAUACCUCAUCUUUUUAAGGAUAUUAGAUAAAAUAUUUUCAUGCCUAUUUUUGUACAGUCAAAGGGAAUGUCAGGCUCUUCCACUGUUCUCUGUGAGGGUUCAAAGCCCUGUGGCCUGCCUUGCUUUACUGCCUUGCAGCUGUUUUAAUGGGUCCACACACACACAGACCUGGAUUGUACAUGUUGGUGUGUAAAAUAGUUUGAGGGGAACAGGAAGUUUCUGUUGCUUUGUCAUGCUGAUGUUUGCUCAUUUUUUUGGUGCAAUAUGAAGGAAAAAGGGGAAAAAUCCAAAAAAAAAAAAGUGAUUCUGUGCUUUAUGAUGGAGUGUGUAUGUGAAGCUGAAUAAAUCAGCCGGAAACUGA